AUGUCCUAUGCAUAUCUGUUUAAAUAUAUCAUCAUUGGUGACACUGCCGUUGGUAAAUCAUGCUUGCUUCUCCAAUUUACAGACCAACGUUUCCAGCCCGUAUAUGAUUUGACGAUUGGAGUUGAGUUUGGUGCCCGAAUGGUGACUAUUGGAGACAAACAAAUAAAGCUACAAGUUUGGGACACGGCUGGGCAAGAAAGUUUUCGUUCCAUAACGAGGUCGUAUUAUCGUGGUGCGGCAGGUGCUCUUUUAGUUUACGAUGUUACCAGGCGUGAUACAUUCAACCAUUUGGCUUCCUGGUUACAAGAUGCUCGGCAACAUGCAAGUCCAAAUAUGGUCAUUACAUUGGUUGGAAAUAAGUGUGAUUUGGGUGCUAGACGAGAGGUUGGACAGGAAGAAGCUGAAGCAUUUGCCCGAGAAAAUAAUUUGUUAUUUCUAGAAACAUCAGCCAAAACGGGAGCAAAUGUAGAACAAGCCUUUGCUUCUACCGCACGCGCAAUCUACGAACAUUUACAACUAGGUCUUUUAGAUAUCAAUAAUGAUGCAAAUGGUAUAAAACUAGGCCCUCAACAACUAAAUAAUCGACAAACUGGUUCGUACGGUCCGGUUGGCUCAGAUUCAGGAAGAUCAAUUUCUGAAAAGAUAAUACCAGAAUAA